AUGUUCCGGCAGUUCUUGCGCAUUCAGCGUAGGAAGACCGGCAGCACAGCAGCUGAGGGCGCAGCCGAGCCUGACUCGGGGCUGACCGAGCUCCAGGCAGAGCCCGAUGGCAGCCCAGAUUCAGCUGAGCGCUCAGAAGACGCUGAGACCUCAGAGACUGAAACCUGGGCAAAGGCUCUUCUCACAUCAAUGACUGAGGACGUGGCCAUCACAAACAACGACAAUGAAGAGACUCAGGGCAUCACAACUACUGACACCAGCCCAGAUUCACUGGAGCACUCAGAAGACUCUGAGGCUGCAAUGAACGAUCACAGGGCAAAAGCUGACAUGGCAGUGACUGAGGAUGUGGCCAUCACAAACGCCAACAGCGUAGAGACUCAGGGCCUUGCAAAUACUGACACCACGCCCACUCCCACUCUGAGUCAGGAACUCAUAUUUGACUAUUUCAAGGAGCCUUGUGUUUCUUCUCACCAGCAGCAGCAGGUGCCAGCCAAGGUGAAGAACAUCCACCAGAGUCUCAUGUCCCACGUCUCUGUGGAUGCCAGGCUGCAAAUGGACAUUGUGAGGCUGGCAGAAGAACACCCUGCUGACGUGGUGCUGACCCUCCUGCGCUGUGCCCCAACGUGUGACAGAGCUGCUGCAAUGAUGUGGAGAGCCAUAGGCUCAUCGGGACCAGCACUGGAGAAAGCGCUGCCAACACUGCUCUGUGUGAUGGAGGACUGGCCUCUGCACAGAAUGUGCACCUCCGAUGGGGACAACAAGGACCUUUUUGCCCUGGCUGCAACUCUGGUGAUCUGGGUGAUUGUGCCUGAGUGCAACAAGGCCAUGAUCCCUUAUUCUGGGCAACUGUUUGUGGCUCUGCUCUCCCAUGUUGUCAUCACCACACAGCAGAUGCCACCAGAGGAAGUUGAUAACUUCUGGAGUGCAUGCCAGGCGAAACACCGCCUUCCCUACGAGCCCAACAGGUUUGCAGUGCAGGCCAUGAAGGAUCUGCUCUGCCGACUGCAGUGUGACCAUGUGGUGGUGGCUAUGGAGCGCAAGGGUGGCUGGGACAUGAUGCUGUGUGCUCACACCCAGCACUAUGCCGUGGGUCUGCUGGCCAGGGAGAUGUGCAAUGUCUUGGUCCCCUUCUGUUCCUGCAUCACGCUCCACUUGCUCCGGCAGCUCAGCAGGGAGGAGCCGUGCUGGGAUCUGCCCUUCCUGGCAUUCCUUGUGGAGGUCCUCGAGCGCCUGGACAUGAGUAAAUGUGGUGGCAGCGUCCUGAAGAUCAUGUCAAGGUACCUCCGGAGUGAAUGCAGUCAGAGGCGUCACCUGGCGCUCAGAGGCCUCGUGGUGCUCAGCAAGGAUCCCUCGAUGGCCAGAAGAAUGUGCAGCGUGUCUCAAAGCCUUCUGCAGCUGCUGGGGGAUGAAGAUAGAGAGGUGGUCAGCAUGAGCCUCCGUGUGUUCACAAAUGUGCUCCAGCACAAAGACAUCCUGGUAUCCAGCACCACUGCCCCGAAGCUGGCUGAGGCUCUCCUGCUGCUCUUUGACCACGACAACAGCCAUGUGCAGUUGCUCUCCAUUCAACUCUUCUGUAAGGUGAUGGACUUGGUAGUGGAUGAGGGAAAAAAGUCCCUGAAGACAAUUGUGAACAAGAGCCUGGACACACUUUUCAUCUACUGUCAUGAUGAGAACUGGCACGUGGCAAAGGCCUCUCGGGAAACGCUGCAUUGUGCAGCCAAGUUUCUGAAGAGGAGAAAUCUCGAACAGCUGCUGGAGAAGGAGCAUCUGUGGAAGUUUGCUGAGGUCCUGCUGGCAGAGGACAGGAGCCGAGCGGCCGAGCACCUGCGCCGGGCCCGGCCCUACCUGCAGAGCCCACAGGGGCCCCUGCGAGAGGCGGCCGUCAGGUUCAUGGGGAUGGCCGAGCGCAGCUCGAGGGGGCAGCAGGGAAAGCUCCAUGCCCUCAGUCAGGCCCUUCAGGCCCUGUGGAGAGAUUACAGUCCUUCCCAGACAAACAUAGUAGUUCAUGAUACAUUCAGUGAAAGAGCUGCAGAAGUGGCUCAGAGGAACCAGUGUCUGCAUCAGGCCUCCAAAUGCCAUGGAAGAUGAGACUACCUUGAGACCAGAAGAGACCAGCUGGAGCUCCAGGCACAGCUGAUGAUUGGCACAGCUGACCCUGUGGGAAACCUGCAGGGCUUCAGCCCUCUCCCUGCUUAUAGAUAGCUCCUUCCCUCCAGCCCUCAGACACUGCCCAUCCCCUUUUUUCCCUUCCACUCUCCCUCCCUGUUGACAGCUCUUUCCCUCUAGCCCUCAGAUCCUGCCCAUCCCAUUUUUCCCUCCCACCCCAUCCCUUUGGUUUGUCUUCUAUUAAUAAACAGUUUGGCUUUUUCA